AUGACACUCGCAACUCGCAUUACGAAAAUGAACGUUUUUGUACUCUCCAUCGUCACAGUAACUUACGUUGAAUUAGCUACGUCUCAGACGGACCUCAGGUGGAACAAACGUUCGAACAAUUUUGAAGCUAUUUCUCAUGCGACGAUAAGAGAGCAUGGAGUACGAAAAGUCGCGUUGGAAAAGGAACGACCGGACCACCGGGGCAUUUUCGAAUACUACGACAACGAUACGAAGGUCAAAGUUUUAAUAUUAUUUCCAAAACGCAAGAAGCAUUACGAAUUACUGAAAAGUUGUGAGAGGUUGUGGAGUCACGUAGAGUGUGAAAGAGACUUGGCGGUCGUUGAAGAAUACGCUCACCAAAAAUUACAAGUUAUGUACAUCUAUUUAAGUUCUGCCUUCGGUACAUCAUUAUGCUUUUUAAUUUCACCGCUAUUUACGAGUUUCGUUGUGGCCGCUAACGGUACAGUUUUGAUAAGUAAAAGUCUCCCAUGGUCAGCUGGAAUAUUUCACGAUAACGUGAUGAAAUUUUAUAUUUGGUAUGGUCUUCAAGUGCCUGCAACUUUGAGCGUUCUUACAAGUAUAACUUCCAUAAACAUCGCUCCGUUCUUCUACGCUAUGCAUGCUGGGAUUCAUAUGAGACUGUGUCAAAAAAAAUUUGAGAGCGUAAACGAACAAAUAGUAUUUGAAAAAACUUUGACUAAGAACGAUAGUACUUGGAAUGCAAUGAAAAAUAAAUUUUUUCAACAUGUCGUUAGUGGCGUCGUGUAUCACAGUGAAACUUUGCAAUAUUGCCAAGGCAUCGAAGAAAUUUUUCAAUCUGUCAUCUUUACUGAGAUAUUUUCAUCUUUCGUGGCCAUUAGUGGUUACUGUUUCCUCAGUCAAGUCGUGCCCAAAGAAAACCUUCCAAAGGUAGCAGUCUCCAUGUUAGCGUUAAUAAUGGGAAUAUUCCUUUUGUGUUGGCCACCAGACUCACUUCAAGACGAGAGUUUCAAAGUCUCACAUGCAGCAUACAAUCUCCGGUGGUACGAAUGGACGAGAAAAGAAGGCAAACUCGUUUAUAUUAUAAUAGAAAAAUCACAGAAACCUGUAGUUAUAACGGCAAACAAAAUGGUCGUCUUGUCAUUGGAGACAUUCGCAUGGUUUCUAAAAUCAGCGUUCUCGAUGUUCACUCUUCUACAACGGGUGAUGGAAUGA